UACGUAUUUCGAAAAUUGUUUAAAACUAGGGCUCUCGGUUUGGUACGUGUAUUGAUAUACACGUGUACACGUAGUCCGAACAUGUACAAUAAAAUGUAGUAAUACCCGUGUAUUUAUUUACACGUGUUUUUAAAGUUCGUGUGCACGUGUAUCUUAAUACACGUGUAUUAAAGGUCCAGAUACCCGUGUAUUAAAAUUACCCGUGUAUUUAAAGUCCAGAAACUUUUUAUUUUUUUAUUAAUAAUAUUGCCAUGUUAUUCUGACGUGUGCUAUACAAUUUUCGUGUACUGAAUUAUUUUGUCUCUUAUAUUGUUUGUUAUCGGCCGAUAAUUGACAUUUACUAACAGAUAGACGAAGCCAGUACGGCAAGCUGGUCAAAGUCUAGAGUUAAUAUUUUUAACUUUAAUUUAUGGAACGACGUCCUUGAAGCAACUUUAACGAGUAUGAUAGAUAUUUAAUAGUGAAGAUAACAACAUUAUCGCAAAUUCGUAAAUACGUUUUAUUAAUAAAACUUAAAUUACGAGUUGGGUUCUUUAAUUUGGAGUGAUGUUAUUUCAUUUGUGUGUUGUUCACGUCUUGUGCAUUGUCAUAUGUUUCCAUACUCAAAUAACAAUAGAUAACUAUUUUAUUAAUUCAUAAGAUGAGUAAUAAGUGUAAAAGUUGGGUGUGGCUGUAUGCUAAACGGCAUGGCGAUAAAGCUUACUGUGAUUUGUGUACCGAAAAUGAAAACAAUGAAUUUUGUUGUAUUGGUGGAACAACAGGAUCUUUGGGCAGACAUUUAAAAACUAUACAUAGUAUAAAACCACCUACAACUGUAACACGAAGGGUUGUUUCUGGUCAUGAAUUUGUUAAUUCCGGUAUCUUAACCAGUUCAACUACGACUGCAAGUUCUUCAGAAUCGCAAAGUUUGGAAAUUGACGCGCCAAUACCUAGGAAACGACGACGAACUUUUAUAAAUCGGGAGGACAAAAUUUGCAAUUCUGAAAAAACCGAACAGAUACAUCAAGCAUUGGCAAAAAUGAUAGCCGUGAAUCAAAUGCCCAUAUCUUUUUGUUCAAGUGAAGGUUUUAAACAAUUUAUGGCUGUUGUUGAACCUAAUUAUAAAAUUUGUAAAGAAGGAGCAAUAAAAUCCAGAAUGAAAGUGUUAAGAUCGUCAGUAACAGAAAUAAUACAGAAAAAAUUAAGAGAUUCUAAAAGUAUAGCAUGUACAUCUGACUGUUGGUCAUCAUUAUCUCAACACAGCUAUAUUACAGUUACUACUCAUAUAAUUGAUGAUCAAUGGUGCCCGAAGUCAUAUACACUUACAACACAUGCAAUGGAGGAAUCUCAUACUGCUGUAAAUCUUGCUCAUCAAUUAGAAGAUACGUUUGAUAAAUGGGAAAUUGGUGGAAAAAUUAUGACAGUUGUCACAGAUAAUGCGAGAAAUGCAAUAAAUGCUGUACAGUUACUGACAAAUAUCUCUGAAACAUACGAUGUAACGUGCGCUGCUCAUAGCAUUCAACUCGCGGUCAACAAUGGAUUAGGACAAGAUGGAAUCACUACACUAAUUCAGUUAAGUAGUAAAAUGGUUGGUCAUUUUAAGCAUUCCAAUGUAGCUAAGCAUGCUUUAACAAAAAUGCAAGAGCAGCUUGGAUUAACACAACAAAGUCUGAUCCAAAGUUGUAAAACAAGAUGGAAUUCAGUAUAUAUGAUGUUGGAUCGUCUUUAUGCUAACAGGUGUGCUGUGACAAACGUCUUAGCAGAUCGUAAUACAACAAAUGUUUCAAUAGCAAAAAAGUUGGAAAUUACGGAAAGUGACUGGACAAAAAUGGAAACUUUGAUUAUCUUGUUAAAACCAUUACAAAUUGUCACAACUGUGUUUUGUGCCGAAACACAUUCUCCUGUAUCAAUGGUUAGACCACUUCUUUCAAAAGUGAUUGAAAAACACUUUCAACUAAACAAAGAUGAUAAUGAAGUCGUUAUAAAUUUCAAACAGACAGUAGUGUCGCAAUUGAAAGAACGUUUUAAGCUUAACAAUUUAGAAAACAUAGUAUCUACAAGACAAGUCUCAUCAUUUUUUGACCCGAGGUAUAAAGAAUUGGAACAUGAAGAAAUAGAUGUAAGGGAAAAUAUUCGUUCCAAAGUAAAAAAUUUACUGGUUGAAAUGAAUACUCCGGAUAACAGAGAGGAAACUAACGUUUGUGUUCAAAAAAAUAAGGGUGCACUUGAAUUUUUAUACGGCGAAGAAGUUCGUGACAUCAAUGAUGCUUCGACACAAUACCAUUAUUACUUAGCAGAACCACAACUGAGGUACGAUUUUGAUCCAUUUGAAUGGUGGAAGUCACAUGAAAAAAAAUAUCCUUUAAUAGCCGAGUUAGCAAAGAAAUAUUUGUCAAUACCAGCAACAUCUGUAAGUUCGGAACGAUGUUUUUCAACUGCCGGGAAUGUCGUUACGUCCAAAAGGAACUGUUUAGCACCAGAAAAUGUUAAUAUGUUAGUAUUUUUGUAUCAAAAUCGUCAAUUAUUAUUAUAGAACAUUUAAUGUACAUUUUUUCUUUCAUAAUUAUACAGUGACUGUGUUUAAUUAUUAUUUCAUAUUUUUGUUUCUUUAUCCUAAAUUAUUUAUUCAUAGGUUAUCAUAAGAAAAAAUUCUCUACAGUUAAUUUUUAAUAAUUGUAUUUAUAUUUUAUAGUUUAAGAAAUUAUUUUUGUUAUUAUAUUGUAAUUUUUUAUUUCUAAAAAAUAUUCAUUGAAAAAGCAAAUACGAAAACAUUUAUAAUUUAUAUUAUUAUUUAUUAUGUAUGAAUCUAAUUUGUAAUUUAUUAAAAGAAUUAGUUUGGGUUUUGUCGUAUUUAUAAGUUAUCUUUAUAGUGUUUUACUGUCAAAUAUAUUAUAAUACAAUCGUUAAAUAAAACUCAAAUUAGUAAUUAUUUUUAUAAAUGACAAUGGGGAGGCCGGAGGGGCAAAGGCACGUGUCCCUUUUACCCAUCCUUGUAUCUAGUAUCUACCACUGAUCAUAACGUAAGGACUUUGAAUACACGUCACACGGGUAUAUGGACUCUAAAUACACGUAUACACGUGUAUUUGAAUUACACGGUCUUUAACACCGUUUCCAUAAAAACACGUACGUUCGUGUUCUUAAAUACACGUGAAAUAGUGACCCCUAUUUAAAACCCGUAUUUGCGUACUCAGUAAAAAGUAUUUGAGUACAAAUACAAAUAUUUAAAGAAAAAUUUAUGUAUCGAUACUGUCAAAUUUCUCAUAACAUUUUUUGUUCGCUUUUUUAAAUCAACUGAACCGAUUUUUACGUCUUACGUUAAUAUUGUAUAGACAUUUUACACCGUAUAAUUUGGUUUAUCUAUAAAACUAACCUGUUUUCUUUGUUGAAGUAUAAUAUUUUACAUUUUUGGUUGAGUAUCAUUCACAGUAAGAAAUAUAAGAAAUAUAUCAUCAUACAGACUCAAUUGUUUUUACGGAAUGAAAAUUAAAAAAAGAAACUAUACAAAAUAAAAAGAAUAAGUUUGCGACCAUUUGUACAUUUGUAUAUUAUGAUUUUAAAUACAAUUAGUCCAAGAAAGUAUUUAGAAUUCUUUGUCCAUAUUGAACUUUUUUUAAAAAAUUUUAAAUAUUUCCACUCAAAUACUUUUACUCGAGUAGGUGCUUCAUAAGAUCACAUUUAGUGCAUUAAUAUUUAAGACGGAAAAAUCGUCAUCGUCGACAAGGCAGAAUAUAAUAA